AUGGCGGACGAGGGCCGGAACGGAGACGGCGCGACCGUCGCUGUCAGAAGCCUUAGCAACCACAAACGCAGAAUCAUAGAAGCAGGAGUCUCAAGCGACGGCGGUGUAGACUCAGUCAGCUCUCUGCCUGAUGUGAUCCUCCAACAUAUUCUCUCCACUCUUCCGACCAGAUUCGCCAUAAGAACUUCCGUCUUGUCCAAAAGAUGGAGGCAUGUAUGGUCUGAUACACCUUCCCUCUCCUUCGAUAAGUAUAUACUUAACGCUGACUCGAUACACAAAACCCUAGCUCGCUACACGGUUCCCAAGAUGACGAGUUUUCACCUUUGCAUCAGCAAGGUCGAAAAUACUCCUUACAUGGACAGAUGGAUCAAGUUCGCCAUUUCACGAAACGUGGAGAAUCUGUCUCUUGAUGUACGUAUAAGCUUUAUGACUCUUUCCUGUUGCUCCUUGUCUUGGACAUCUUUGAAAAGGCUGUCAUUGCGCUGUUGCAAUCUCACUGAUGAGUCCAUUGCUACGAUUCUAUCUGGUUGUCCGGUUCUUGAAAGCUUAGCAUUGUAUUUCUUCGAUAAACUGAUGGUUCUUGAUCUCAGCAAAUCAGUGCGUCUGAGGAGAUUAGAAGUAGAUAGCAACGUAUGGGUUCCGGGGCCACAUCAGAUCAGGGAACCACAAAACCAUUGGUACAGAACUAAGAUUGUGGCUCCACAUAUCCGUUAUCUUAGAUUGACAUGCUAUCAGUCACCAUGUGUCUUAGUUGAUGUAUCGUCUUUAACCGAAGCUAAACUAGACAAUGGUGUUUGCUCACUGGACAAAUUGCGUAGUGGGUUUCUUCAUGGCAUGGUGAUAAAUAUGCUAAUGGAUUUUCAAAAUGUAGAGAAGCUUACUUUUGGAGCAAACUUUCUUAAGAUUUUAUCUCUUUGCGAGGUCAGUCGAAGACCUUUUCCGAUGUUCAAGGUCAAAGAUUUGACGUUUCAGACAAUGAUUUCUCAAUAUGUAACUCCUGGCAUAGUAAGAGUGCUACAAAACUCACCUGAAUUAAAGAAGCUAACCCUACACACAAUGGAUUAUGGCACCAUACCGGAGGAGUUACUUGACAAAUACUUGGAUUUUCAUGGCUUUAAUCCAAGUCAAUGCUGGAGCACGAAAGCGAGGGAUUCUGAUAACAUUUUCAGUUGGAAUAGAGAGCCAAAGCACAUGGCUUCGUUCUUGGAGUUGAUGCUUAAAACCACAAAGAAAUUAGAGAAGAUGGUCGUAAAGUUGGAAGGUCAUCUCCAAGGAAGAGAUUUUGAAGAGUUGCUUAAGAUGGUUCCAAAGCUUUCACACGACAACAACAAUGUCUCCAUUGCUCUUAGCUGA